AUGUGCGUCCCCUUGCCCUUCUUCCGGUCGUCGAGCUACCACGAGUACAAGCCCGUCCUCGACCACUUCUACCUCGGCGUCAGCGCCAUCUUCGCCAUCCCGCUCCAGGCCGUCUUCUUCGCCGCCGCCGUCGCGUUCAGCGAGCCCGCCGUACUCAUUCCCGGCACGGCGAUGACCUGCAUCGGCCUCACCGAGCUCGUCUUCUUCUUGGGCUCGGGCGCGUCGUUUGGCAUCCGCAACAUCCUCGUCGUCGCUCUCGGCGGCGUCUGGGCACUCCACCUGUACAUCUUAAGCAUCGUGCACACGUGCGAGGCGAGGAAGCGCGGCAGCCUGGCAGCUCAAAAGCGCCCUGUCCGUCUUCCGCUCGGCAUCAUUGUGUCGUACCUCCUCUUCCCCUGGGUCCUGUUCCUCCCCUUCAUCCUCUCGUGCUCGCCGCACGUGUCCUACUCCGGGUACGGCAACUACGUCCGCUUCAAGCCGUAUCCGAGCGACGUGAUCGGGCUUGUCCUUAUGGCCCUCGCCUUCCUCGUCGAAAUCGGCGCGUGGUACGGCAAGCUGCGCUUCGACUUGCGUCGACGCGACGCGCAGCCGGGCAGCACAACCCUCGCGUCGUCGUCGAUCCUCUCGCACGGCAUCUACACGAUCACGCGCCACCCUCUCCUCUUCUCCGUCCCUCUUCUCUCGCUCGGCAUCUACAUCCUCGUUGCGACGCCCGCCUUCUACGCCUGGGGCGGUGGCGGCCUGUUCAACCGCCUCGAGUCGCCGGGCCGUGAAGCUCUCGCCGCGAGCGUCGUCGCCCCGGUCGCCAUCAUCGCCGCCGAGCUCGUGUUCUUCCUGCCGUGGCUCGAGCGCACCCAGCAGGCGCACUACAGCUCGCUCGCCUCGGACCGCGCCGCACCGACCUCCGAGGGCAACGUCUGGACCGCCUACGAGGUCUACCGCUCGCGCACCUCGCCCAUCGUGCCCCUCCCGCCCGCGCUGUACGCUCGCCUGCCCGCCGGCGCCAAGAAGUACCUCCUCGGCGAGCGGGGACUCGACGCGACGGCGGCGAGGCGCCUCGGUGCGAGAGGCGCAGAGACGGGCGUCGAGUGCUGA